AAAAGCUUAUGUCCACAUGUGUCACAACCUUAUCCGUAAUUUUCGUAUCUUACAACGUUAUUCAUAACCCUUACAAGCAACAACCAUAAUCUCUUUCUGUCUUCCAUUUCCGAUUUCAACCAUGAAAUAGUUAAAAACAAUAUCCACAAUUUCCAUUUUAUCAUGAUUCCAAUUCACUAUUCAGAAAUUGAAUGAUUUUGUUAUUGAAUUCUUUGACCCUUUUGAGCCAUGGCUGCCAUUGAAGCAUUUUCAAAGAGUUUGAUUGAGGAAGUGCAUAAAUGGGGUUGUUUGAAACAAACUGGUGUGAGUUUAAGGUACAUGAUGGAAUUUGGUUCUAAACCUACUGACAAAAAUUUGCUAAUUUCUGCUCAGUUUCUUCAAAAGGAACUUGCCAUUAGAAUUGCUAGGAGAGCUAUUGAACUUGAGACUCUUCCUUAUGGUUUGUCUCAAAGACCUGCUGUCUUGAAGGUUAGGGAUUGGUAUGUGGAUUCAUUCCGCGACAUUAGAUCAUACCCUGAGAUCAAGAAUAUGAAGGAUGAAAAAGAGUUCACCGACGUUAUCAAGGCCAUCAAAGUGAGACACAACAAUGUGGUACCUGCAAUGGCUUUAGGUGUUCAGCAAUUGAAAAAAGAGUUGACUACAAAGAUGGGUAGUGAAGAUCUUGUUGAGAUUCAUCGGUUCCUUGAUCGCUUUUACUUGUCAAGAAUUGGGAUCCGCAUGCUUAUAGGGCAGCAUGUUGAAUUGCACAAUCCCAACCCUCCUCCCCAUGUCGUUGGUUAUAUACAUACAAAAAUGUCUCCUGUUGAGGUGGCGAGGAAUGCUAGUGACGAUGCGCGCUCAAUGUGUUUACGUGAAUACGGAAGUGCCCCUGAUAUCAAUAUUUAUGGAGAUCCCGAUUUCACUUUUCCGUAUGUUCCAGCUCACUUGCAUCUUAUGGUGUUUGAGUUGGUUAAGAACUCGCUGCGUGCUGUCCAAGAGCGUUAUAUGGAUUCUGACAAAGUUGCACCUCCCAUAAGAAUAAUAGUUGCUGAUGGAUUAGAGGAUGUUACCAUAAAGAUAUCGGAUGAGGGAGGUGGAAUACCAAGAAGUGGACUGCCCAAAAUCUUUACAUAUCUGUACAGUACUGCCAGAAACCCAUUGGACGAGCAUGCAGAUCUCGAAGUGGCUGAUAGUGUGACAACAAUGGCUGGAUAUGGUUAUGGAAUUCCUAUUAGUCGUCUAUAUGCUCGGUAUUUUGGAGGCGAUCUUCAAAUAAUCUCUAUGGAAGGAUAUGGGACUGAUGCAUAUCUUCACUUGUCUCGUUUGGGAGAUUCACAAGAACCUUUACCCUGAAACUUGAUCGUUUCUUUUCCAGCAACAUUCAAGUGUUGUGGAGAAUAACUUGAACUCAUAUCGUAAAACAAGUUAAAAAUGACUGUGUUCUCAUUUUUAUUUUUCAUACUCUAUUAAGCUUACAAAUUUUUCUUGUAAAUAUUUCAUGCAUACCUAACGUUGUGUAUGGUGAUUGAUGAUCCUUUCUUUGCUUUAGCAUCAGCUUGGGAUUUUGUUCUUUUCAUUGUUUAGAAUGAAUGUGAACUAAUGAAUGUGAACUUUUAUCUUUAAUGAUAUGGAGGCAGGUUAAAGAUGA